AUGUCUUCGAGAGGCGCCAGACUACAGAGCAAUCUGGCCAGCGCCGGAGGCAGUUCGCGCUCUCCGACCGGGUCAUCGCUGAUCUUCACACCAACCUCGACUCAACUUGACUUUCAAGAUGCGGAUGGCGUUGGUGAUCAGGAGUUGGAGGCAGAUUCAACUUCCCCGGAGAGCAACAACAACAACAACAUUCUCGACGACUACGUUCACAUUCAUUCCAACAACGACCCAUCGGAUCGUAGCAGUCAUUCCGUACGCAGCUCUGGCCCGAACAUAGGACCAUUUUAUUCCUCGGAGUCACCACAUUCGUACACGGCUACCAUGAUCCCAAGUCAACGUUGGCAAGCAUCAUUCACAUCCACAUCCAGUGUCGGUAUGGACGAGAGCACGCGGCAGCUCUCGUCGACGGAGAUGCACCCGAAUCACAGGACCAGCAACGAACUAUUGUCAAACGUCGGCAAUUUCGAUACCCCUUUCACAGACGCGCUUUACCAGGACCAAGGACUACCUUUACGUACGCCGCCCAACAAUGAUGUGUCAAGCACCUCGUUCGGAAACAUGGCGAUGCUGUCCCGACAGAUGGCGCACUUGUCAGGACCACCAAAUAACAAUGGUUUUGCGCAGUACCACGGUGUCAGCAGUGCCUUUGUGGCCCCAGUUCCUCAGCAACCUUCGCCGAGUAUCCCAUCGCACGAUUCUGUGUACAGUCAGUACAUCCAGUCCAUGUCUCGGAACUCGGCAAUGUUUGCAAACACGCCCCAACUCCCUGCUGCGGUUCAGUCGCAUGAUUUUUCCAGCUACCAACCAGUGCUCCAUACGGCGGACGCCUUGUAUCAACAACAACCAUUGCAUGCAAUCGCAAAUUUCAAAUCAUCCAUUCCCUCUAUCCGCGCAUCAAAUGCCAAUCGUCUCGAUGCGGCUCAAGCAUCAUAUCAACCACCGAGGAGAUCCGCAGCACAGGCAGAGUCUUCUCGAUCCACGACCCUACACGCUCGAGAAAACGCGGAUCGCGUGCGAAAGGGAGGUCGCAGUAGAAACUCUCACCUAUCUGACAAGACGCGAGAAAAGAGCUCCGUGAUGCGUAAAGUCGGCGCGUGCUGGCGUUGCGCCAUGCAGAGAGAUCCUUGCGACCACGGCGAUCCAUGUUCUCGUUGUACCAUGCGAUCACAGCGAGGUCAAACAUACUUUUUCGAUUGUGAUCGUUCAAAGUUGCCGGACUUCGUACAUGAGUUCCUGCCCCCUUCCAUGACAAUCAUGCACCAGAAACAGACCAUUGAAGAUUCCGUUGCGAGUAGUGUCCUCACGUGGGAUCAUGACAACGGCAUCGACAUCUACUUAUCAUCUGGCUAUGGACCACCACUUCGGUGGAAGGUGUACGAAUUCAGGCCCAAAAGCGAAGAAUAUCUACGUCAACUACAAUACUAUCAAGACAACGGCAGUGACCAAAUGGUGCGCACGGUCAACUACUCGCCUCCCUAUGGCCUGCUCAAGAUAGAGCCAAGCGACGAUGCGCACUUGGACACGUACCUGGACCAGUUGUUGCAGCCGCAAUUCCUCUGGGAUUUUGGAUGGACGUUUUACGAGGCGGAGUCUCUCGUCGAUGAAUUCCAAGCCGGAGUGCUCGAUCUGCUUUGCAAGCUUUACCUUACCACCGAGGAUGAUCUUCUGAAACAGCUCCUCUACGACAUCCUCCGCAUGCUACUAAUCACAUACAUCAUGGGCCAUACUCUAACCAUCUCCGACGAUACAGUCCCGACCGUCAUCGCCAACGUCCGACAUUCCCGCAAACCAAGCAAUUACAAUCAGAAAUACACCUCUCCUCGACUGGCCAAUCGCCAACUCAAGUUCUUCUUUGCCGUCUUGCGGAAUGGCAUCUAUGAGAAACUCCUCAAAUGGCAGCAACAGACCCUACAUACCGCCGGGAAGAAAGAUCAAACCUGGCUGCCAGCAUUCUGCGUCACUCUAGGUUUCGCAAUGGUGCUGGAAGAAGUUCAACACACCCUCUUCAUCCAAGCGGACGCCUCCGUUGCCCGCAACGAUAUGACCCGCGAGGAUGCGGAUAGACAAGCCAGCAACGCUUGUGAGAGGAUCGACGCAAGAUUUAAACUCCUCAUCGGCUUGUUUCAAUGCAAGUAUAGAGAUAAGAGAUGGGGUGAUGAUGGCAGUUUUGGACCGGGGACACCUGAGGUGAAGGAUCUCAGCAGCAAGGUAUUCUUGGAGGAGUUGAGGGAGAUUGUCGUGGAGAAGUGCGAUCAUCUAAAGUCUCGCGAGAACGUCGCAUUCUCUCAGGAGAACCAGUGCUAUUUCACAUCUAGAUUGACGGCGAAGUUCCUUGUGCCGUUUUUGAACCUGCCUGGAUAG